AGUUGUUGGGCGCCUGCUGUACUGUGAGCAGUCUCACGCCUGGUUCAACCCCUCGAACACCGAGUUAUACCAUUAAUACCAAGAAAGAAUAACAGGGUGCAGAUUUGGAGUUUUCCCGGGACAGGCAAUAGAGGACACAAAUUUUGAACUUGGAAAUGAAUAAACAAGGUACAGACGUGGAGAGUGGGCAGAAACCGGCCCAGAGUCCUGAGGAAAGUGAAGAGUGUGUUGGUGGGGAGAAGAAUAUGGGCGGCCGAAGAACACGAGGGAGGAUGCCGCCCAGAAUUCGGGUGGGCGGCAGCGAGUCCCCAAUUCACGACUAUUCAGGUUUAGGUGUGGAUCCCCCUCGACAUCAUUCUCGAUCCUGUCUCGAUCUCUCCUGCUCCAACACACCUUGCCCUCCACCCAGCUCGGUCAUUGCUCACCCUUGUGGUGUGGAGGGUAAGUAUGACUCUCGCCUUAAAACUCCAUUGGUCAAUGUGUGCAAUGACGCUUCCCAGCAGCAGCAGCGUUCAUCUCGACGUGUAGUUUCUGCAACACAAUCUGCGCCCCAGGAUGGUGUCAUUACUCAUGCAAAGAAAAACUCCUCUAGCCCGGUGGCUGGGAGCCCAUCCCGCGGCAGUCCUCGACAUGUCAAUGGGGUGACAAAUACUGGAAUAUGCAUCAAAGAGCACCAGGCGAUUGGCAUCAAGGGGCACCCAGCAAUGGGCCUCAAGAGGCACCAUGGAAUGGGUAACAUUAAAGGGUACCAAGUGAUGGGCACCAAGGAGUACCAGGACAUGGCUACUAAUAAGGGGCCCAAAACGACGAGUGUGAAACAGCAUUCGAGGGUGAGCAACUGCUUGUCGUGGUCCCCCAGCUCUGAAAAACGACUACGUCAGCCAAUACGACAGCGGGUGCUUAGCGACGGCAGCGGCAGGAGGCCUGCAACACUCUCGCGCAGUCUACGCAUUAAGAGGUGGAUCAAAACUAAGCAGCACAGCUCGUUACAGGACAAGCAAGACUCCUUUGUGACAGUUGACGAGGCUGAUGAUGAUGGCAGACCCAAGAGCCACUAUCUCCUGGAUAACAUCUUUGAAGAUGGUGAGGUACACAUCCAUGACCCAGAACACAGGUCCCGACGGCGAGUUAGUGCCCUGAUGACCAAGCGACGUAAGCAGUGGCGCUCACAGACACAGCGAGACAUCAGCCCAGCCUCUGAUACCACUGAAGACAACAUUGAAAAAAACACGAACCUAGAGGAUUCUCUGCUGGACCAUUUAAGAUGGAACUCUCAGGCCAGUCAUGAGCAUCGUAUUAAUGCCCUCAGAUCCUACCUAGUGACAAAGAACCAGCCGCUGGUAAUUCUCAACUUGCUAGAGGCUAACAAAAUUUCUGAAGCCAUAACAAUGGCUAAGGAGAGCAAGACACGAGUGAGAUUGGAUGUAUGUUUGCUGUGGGCAUGUCUACAUGGUGCUGCUGACCUAGUGCAAACAUUACUGGAAGAAGGAGCAAAUGUGGAGGCUCGAGACAAUGCAGGUUUCAGUGCUUUACACCUAGCAGCAGAAAGUGGUUCUGAGGAAGUGCUGCGGGUGCUGCUUGAAGGUGGGGCUCGGGUAGGUGGUCCCAGGGAGUGGGAUGGCAAUGAGGAGCUUACCCCCCUAAUGUUGGCUGCUCGCAGAGGAUGUGUGGGGGGCCUUGAGGCACUGUUGGCAGCAGGUGCCAAUUUAAAUGCUGGACUUAAUACAAGUGGAGAGACGGCUCUGCAUCAUGCAGUCCGAGCAGCAUCCAUUGACUGUAUUCAGUUCCUUAUCAAUGCUGGUGCAACAGUCAAUCCCACUCUCCUUUAUAGUGAGACACCCCUCCAUAUUGCAGUUUGUGAAGGGCUAUCUGAUAUAGUGGAUAUACUUCUAAGUUCUGGGGCUGAUGUUAAGGCUUCAAAGGGAAAUUCCAAAAUGACAUCACUUCAUAUUGCUGCCCACGAAGGUUAUUGCAAAGUUGCUCAUCAGUUGUUAAAAGCUGGUGCUAAUCCAAACCAGGAAAACCUCAGACGACAAACACCCCUUCACUUAGCUGCAAAGGCUCAAAGUUACGACACUGUACAACUGUUGCUGAGCUUUGGUGCUAAUCCCAAUGCCCAUGACUGUGAUCUUAAAACACCACUUCACAGCGGGAUCUUCAAAGGGUCAAGAUCCCAUGAAUGCCUGCGACUUCUGCUGGAGGCUGGAGCCGACACCAAUGCAGCAGACCAGUUGGGAUAUACUCCCUUACACAUGGCAGCACUGCAUGACUCUUCCUAUUGUGUGUUGCUGUUCUUGGAUCAUGGUGGGGAUGUGACGGCAUGCACCCGCGGAGGAAUCUCGGCCCUCCACCUGAUCCUGCAACGAACACCUACGGUCAUCACUCACAUCCACGAGAACCUUGAUGCUGCCAUUUCUUUCAGCGAUUAUGAGCAACAUGAGAGAGACUCACAGGUGCAAAUAGAUUUCCAUAUUCUGGUGCCAGGUGAUAAGGACAGUCUGGAGUGUCGAAUGCUCUCCUGUUUUAUUCAGGAAGGUCAGAAACCUCUUCUUAAGCAUCCACUUUGUGAAACACUACUCUUCCUGAAGUGGCUCAGGAUCCGCAGCUUCUUCAUCUUCAACCUUGUGUUUUAUGCACUGCUGGUGGCCAUGUUGACCUGCUAUAUCAUCAUAAUAUUCCCUGCAGCUUCAUGCCUUCGUCUCAACUCUACCACACAAGAAACAACAUUCACGCCUUUCCAGUUUACCGCCUCGGCAUCCCCCAAUGAACACCACACAUCACCUACAAGGAAAACUGCGCACCUGCAGCAACACAACCCCAUCACGACACUGUACACUCCUCACACUAUACAGAUGGUGGUUUGAAACAAUCGGAAAAUUCUAUCACCAUUUUACCCACACUCACAUUGAAAUUAUCAGAGAGAGAAAAAUGUGGAUUGAAAUAUGAAGAUUUACUUGCUUAUCCUCUUUAUUUUAUAUGGAUAGGAACAAGUAUACUAG